AUGGAAAGCCGGCUUUCGGAGCUUCGCCUGAACAACGAGCAAGAUCUACUGAAAGAGGUCAAACUUGCAGAGUUGGAACAGUCUGUCCAAGAUGCAAUUCGCGUGACUAGAGAACUAGGAUUUAUUUAUCUCUGGGUGGAUAGACUGUGCAUCAUCCAAAACUGUCCCGAAGACAAAAGGAGAGAAAUUUCCAAAAUGGCGACAACGUACAAGAAUGCUUCGAUCACGUUGGCUGCUGGGACUGCGACAAGAGCAUGUGAAGGAUUCUUAGCAAGCCUGCCGGAUAAGAGUCCUACGUAUCUGCCAGAGCAUAAGUUUGAAAUACCGAUGAAUGAAGGUCGUAUUGGGACUGUUUAUUUGUCGGGAAGCCCAUAUCAGCCUGAUCAUCCUCUCGACAAAAGGGGCUGGACUCUUCAGGAGUAUAUGCUGUCGUCCCGAAUGCUCAUUUUCUCAGACUAUCAACUUCUUUGGCAGUGCCAAGAGACCGAGCUGCAGAGUGUUACUGGAAAUAAUGCGGGUUUAGAAUAUCAGCAGCAUCUUGAGUCAUUACCGUGGGCCUCCUUCGACGAUGAGGGUGAGCCGUCCUAUGGAACACAUGAUUCGGAGAAACUCUACCUUUGGAAGACUAUCAUUAUUCAGUACACGCGAAGAGAACUGAAGGAUCCUGAAGAUAGACUGCCAGCGGUCACGGGUAUCACAACUGAAUUACAAAAGGUUUGGCGAGACUCGCAUAUCUACAGCCACUGGCAGCGAUGGUUCAUCCAACUUCUAGCGUGGUACAAGUCAGAUAACGAUAGAGUAGGAGAAAGACACCUCAAAAGAGCUCCCAGCUGGUCCUGGGUUUCAGUCGAUGGCGGAAUUCGGUACGAAGAUCCGAUAGAGGUGGAAGACGCCAAGGUCGAGAUCUUGACAGCAGCCAAGGUCAGGUUGUCUUGCAGAAUACUUCAAUUCAGCGAUAUGGACCUUACUAAGCGGUGGACGCUGUCUACGAUGCUGGAUCUUGUGGAGUCAGCUUCAGAUCUAGAAUUCGCCGGGGGGGAAUGCGAGUAUCUUCUCCUGGGUAAAUCCAGCAGCUAUCAUGAAGAAACCGGAGUGGCUUUAAUGAUACUCAAAACGUCUAGUGGAAGUUACAGGAGAGUCGGUUUAGCCCUGUUCGAAGAUAUGACAGUUUGGACUAGCGUCAAGUUUCAGAGUGUUGAUUUGGAGCCGAAGGAAAAGUAG